GGCCACUACAAAGCAACAACAAUAGCACCAUUAGCAGAUGUCAUCGUGCGUGCGACAAACAAAAGCGAAGGAAGAGAUAAAACAGGCAGGCAUGUCCGAGCCGUCUCAAUCAUAUCAGCACUACCUGUUCCUCCAGUCGCGGACCCACCCUCGCCCAACAUGGUCGCCAUAUACGCACUCUUGUUCAUUCCUGUGAUCCUGGUAGCUUCGGAACAUUCUGGAGCGUACUCCUCGCCUCAGUACGCGAAGAAAAUGUACCCGAAGUUUGACACCAACGCGCUUUUACCUAACGAGAAGCCUCCGAUACCGUUCAAAAGGCAGAUCGAUAGAUAUGAUAGUGAUGGCAACGAUACGGCGCAGUACGGGAGAUCGUCGUUCUUAAAUUCGGCGGGUAGCUUCCUGAGCGGUGCUGGUGGACAAGCGCUGACGAAUCUGGCGAAGGAGUUUGUUGGGCGUUCAACUGGUAGCAGCCAGGUUGGUUUUGACUGCGUCUCGCAGGUCCUAAGCUUGAAUCUGACAAAUUUGGUGAUCCUGAUCGUCCUGAAGGCGUUAAUCCUAGCUGCCGGGUUCUUCGGGGCUGGAGCUUGGAAGGGCGGUCAUCACUACGCCAGGAGUCUUGAUGACAACACAAACGCGUCAUACAUCACGGAGGACGAAAUCAUGCUGUACCUGAGCUACCUAGCAGGGCAACAGAGCCGAGACUAUGGCUGCCUGUACCGCCUCUCCUGCAAGAAGCCGCAGCAGGCUGCACUUUAUUCAUCGGGGGCGGAGAUUCUGCUGCAGGGAGCGAGGUUGUUGCAAGGGAACAGCAUCGAAUUGGAGCCAUACGAAGAGGUGUCAAAAGGUGUCAAGCAAGCAUCUGCCUGGGGCGAGGAAGGCAUGAACUGUGACACUCGUUACCAGUGUGAAGAAUAACUUAUAAAACGAUAGACUUAUUCAAAUGGAUACAUAUCUUCUUCCAGAAGAUUCCUCCUGCGAGCUACUACUUGAGUUUAGUUUCAGUUACCUUCAUGUGAAUUAGUGUAAUACUUGUAUAUCUAUACAACUUGUACUUGUAUACUUAUAUAUCCUAAGCUCAUCAGUGGGCGAUAAAGGACUGAUAUGAUGAUGAUGAGUGUAGUACUUAUUGUUAAAAUCCUACGAGUAAUUAUAAUAUUUGUGUAGGCAGUACAAACUAUUUUCUCAGUUAAUAUUCCAGUACCUAACUGUUUAGUCAUGUAAAUAAGAAGUAUUAUGGAUCAAGGUAUGAUA